AUGAAUAAUUUAAUGAUAAAGAAAAAGCUUAUCUCGAUAAUCAAUGAAAGAAUCAAGCUGGCCACUACUAUACCUCCUUCUAUACCUGAUUUCUUUAGCAAUUUUAUACAAUUGAAUGCUAUUCGACUAGAUCAGCACUUCCCAAUUCGUUACAUUCGAAAGCAAUAUAUCGAACUCAGCCUUUGCCUUUAUUACAAGAAACCAGAUCAUAUUAAAAGCAAUUACAAGAAAAAACAAAUUAAUAAUACAAAGUAUAGUAUUAAUACUAAUACAAGAUAUACUCCUUAUACUAAUCGUUUCCCUAUAAUUAAUCAAUAUAAGAAUUCCGAACUCUAUCAUAACACUGCUAUCCCUUUAUACCAGAAUUCGUUUCCAUCUGCCAACCAUUCUUCAGCCAUACUAUUACACUAUAUUUCUUCGAUCCUUUCUGGCCUUACUCGAGUAUUUGAUUUAGAAGGUUAUAUCGAGGGUUCUGUUUAUUCAAAGGAAAAUAGCAGCUUGAUUUCUUAG